CUGGGAGCUUGCAGGGGGCGUGCAGGAGCGCGCAGGCGUUAGCGUUGCGGGCUGUUGGCCUCGGUGCAGCCCCGCCCCGCGUCCUGCCCGUAGGGGGGCCGUCGAGGCCUAGGUGGAGGGAACCCCUUCCCCGUCGGCUCUCCCGGCACAAACUGCUCGCCGGACGGGGGGAGUCGAGCAUGUUGCUUCCCGAAGGCCACAAUACAGUUGCAAACGGGUUUCUUUCUUUUUUUCCGGGUGCAUCUAAAUCAGUCCGUGUAUGUAAAGCCCAAUGAUCCUGUUGAAAAUUGAGGCUCGCGGGGGACAACUGGGAGGCCCUGUGAGCGGAGCCCCCCACUACCCCGACGCCACCCUUUCCUGCAGGUGGUGCCUCCACCGCCUGGGCUGCUAGGCGGCCUGGCUCUUGGGCGAGGCCCUAGGGCUGCCCAGGAGCGCAGGAGCCCAGACCGAUCUACUGGGCGACUAACUUCUAACCAGUUGUGCCCCCUGGUGAGGCAAAGUAUAUCUCUGUUCCUUACAAACGAUUGAAUUAAAGAUGCCACAGGCCCAGGUCCAAAACUUUUAAAAGGAGAAGGAGGAAAAGGCAGCUGUGUGUGUGUGUGCGCGCGCACUUCUAAUAAAAAUAACAUUUCACAAUUUCACAUCCCAUAUCAAUGAAGAAAGGAUACAGUAGUAGAAGGAGAGCUGGGCAGCCUGUUGAGGGGAGGGAGCAAGAACAGCCCCCUUCACAGCUCACCCCGCAGAAAUUCCAGCUGCGAUAUAUAUUUUUUUUCCUUUAUUUUUGGAAAGAUUUAAUAUUGGGAGAAAAUAGUAGGUGAUUAUUUUUCAGUCAAUUGACAAACUUUCUAAGAAUGACAGCAAGGUCCAAAACCACAUAGGGAAGGACUAAUCAAGUUGAGCAUAUAAAAUUCUCUCUGCAAAUUAAAAAAGGAAAAACAUUGUAACCACCGUUGAAAGAAAAACCACAAACUGGGGAAGAUUACGUUUAACACGAUAAAAACAAUAAGUCACAUUAUUGAAGAAAAGCUCUUAGUCACGAGUAAGGGUGUAUCGGUAGAAAUACAAGCAAAGAACAUGAAGAGGCAAGUCAUAAAGAAAGAAACACAAGUGCAUAAUAGUUCUAUGAAGAAAUGUCUGCCCUCCAGUGAUUGAGGAAAGGAAAGGUUAAUGACUAUCUUUCCCCCAUUUAAAGGACAAUGUGUAAAAGGGAAAAUACACCUUUUCAUGCAAUGUGAGAAGAAAGUAGCUGUGACUCAUGGAGUGGCAUAAAAUAUAACAACUCUUUCUUGGAGGGCUGUUUGGCAAUAGUCUAAAAAGCCAUGAAAAUGAUGCUCUUUUGACUCUUCAAUCUUAGGAAACAAAAAUAGGGUUUACUAUAUGUUUACUUGUGCACAUGUUCAUGAUAUAACUGCUCAUAGCAAGAAAAAUUGUCAGGAUACUAAAUAUUAGUCAUCCAUUAAUUAUUAAAAUGAUUCAUCCAUCUGUUUUUUUUAAGCAAAGUGUAUUUAUUGGGCACCUAUUCUGUGUACAGUUACCGUUCUGAGCAAUGAGGUUUAGAAUAAUAAGCCAAAGCCUUUGCAUCGUUGGAACUCACGUUCCAGUUGGGAGAUAACAGAUAACGAUAUCAUGUCAAAUGAUGAAACAAACAUAUAAGGCAACGUCAAAUAAUGACACGUAUAUAUUUAAUAAAAUUGGGCGAGACACAGCAAAACAGUGUUGUUUUUCUUUCCCAGGUUUUCGGUUUCCUGGGCUUUUCAGUCUCCCACAGCAAACUGCAGGCAGGAAGCAGGUGGCCCUCCCAAAGUGCAGUCAAAAGAGCAGCAGGAGCCUGACGCUGUCACAAGGCCUGUGUCCCUUGUCUCACUGGAUGGCAGCAUCAGGGCAUUUUCUCAUCUCGCAUCUUCACAACAAGAAGGAUCUCUGGCUCAUCCUCCCUGGGCACAUGGUGUGAGACACAGCAAAGAGGAUUCUACAUUGUCUUUGUGAUAUCUCAGGAAAUAGAAAAAAAAAAUCCACCAAGCUAUGUUUGAGUACGCAGUCUUUCCAUAUUAAUUUUAUUAGGAAUAUGAAGCUGAACACAAACGUAAUGAAGGAGGGGAGAGAACGUGGACUUGGAUUCAAGGGUCCUGAUUGGCCAAGCCCUGGGGCUCACGGAGCAACCUUCCGACUCUGAGAGUGACUCACACAGCGUCCUUAGCAACCAGCCUCCAGGCUGCACCCUUGAGAACCUGGGUUUAUGAUCUGUGAAUAUGCCUGUUAACAAAUCACCUACGACCAAUAAAUUAGGAGUGAUAUCUUCCUCUUAUCAUGAAAAACUCUUGAGGCUUAAUUUUCAAAAUUUAAGGAAAAGAAGGAAUAAGAAAUCAAAUCCAUCAUUUUCAAUCACAAAAGAAUUCAUCGUGAGAUUCAACCAAACCGAAAAUCCAAAAGAGAAAGAAGAGUUGUUGGACCUAGCUAGAAAAAACAUUCUCAGGUGUAAGAGAAAACUGGGUCUCAAAACGUUAGGCUCUGGAAAGCAUGUGCAUCUUCCUACUGCGUGGAUGGAAGUAAUGUAUCUCGCUCAGUGCAAAGGAGAAAUCCAAGAUGAAGCUUUAAAUAUGCUUUAUGCUUCCCUGGACUAUGCUUCCUUUGAUUAUGAGCAUCUGCCUACCUUAUUUUUUGUUGCGGAAUCAGUUUUAUAUAGACUCUGUUGUGAUGCAUUCCAAAAGACAUACUUAUAUUCAGUUGAAAUAAAGCUGACAAAGAUUGGCUAUUUGGUCUUCUUACGACUUUUUAUAUAUUACCUGCAUGGUCACCUAGAAAGUUUUAAACAGCAUUUACUUAGGCUUCAACCAUAUUUAUACGCACUUUCUUCCUCUGGAGAGUCAUAUUACAAGUAUCCAAACAUCUUUUCAAAUGUGCAAUUCAUUUUGAAAACCAUGGAGAUUAUAUGCAAAAGAGGGCUCCUUUCUGGGUCAGUUUUUAGCCCUGUGGAAAACAAGAAAAGCUAUAAGAACAUAGAUGCUGAGAUGGAACACUUGCAGGUUAAUCAGGGAGGAUAUGAAGUUAACCACCUGCUCUGGCACUGUGUGGCUGCCUGGUCAUGUGUUCAGAAGAAUAGUCCUCAGUUGAAUAAGGUGCUGGAACAUCUCAUCUUUCAUAAAAUGCAGCUUCAAAAGAAAUGCUGGUUGGAUUCAAUACUGGCUUUUUUGGUCCUUGGGGAGGCUGCCAAAUUAAACAUGGCCUGCUUGAAAGCUUUAAUGGAACUAAUGAGAGAUUUUCUUUUAAGCAUUACGUCUGUUCAAAAUCAGGAAGAAAGCUGCAAGGUAGAUAAUUUUUCCUGGGCCUGGAAUGUAGUCUACAUAUAUACGACAAUUCUUGCAGAAAUCUGCUUGUAUGCGACCACUUCUAAUUUGCGAAAAACUGCUUUUAUUGGUUUCUGUGUCUGUAAAAGUUCACAAAAAAAUAUUUUGCUCAUUGAUAAAUCAGAAGAACCACCAGAAUUGAAGGAAACAAGUAUUUUAGGUCUUUUGGAAUAUUUCUCUUCAAGAAUGUCAGAUAAUUGUGAUCAAGUGAUAUGGAUUGGAUACUACGGCUUAAUGUAUAACCUGGUGAAAAUGUCAUGGGAACUUCGGGGAGAUGAUGAUCAGGAUGGAUUUAGAAACAAAAUAUGGCAAACAGUACGGAGAACAAAGGAUCAGGAGAAAGAUGGGCGAAUCCGCAAUGCCAUAAACAUAGCUCAGGCUGAGUUAAAUGAUCCAACAGACCCCUUCACUAAUCAUAGUACAAAAGUCUCAUCAGAUGUCGGGGAUGAAAUUUUCUCUAAAUAUAUAGGCUGGAGAAUUGCCAGUGCUCUUUCCAAACUGUUCUUCUCUUCUGCCGAUGCCCACCUUCUUCCUUUGAAAGGACCAUCGAAAAAACAGGAUUCGGUGAAAUAUCUGAAAAAGAAGGAUUCCGUGAAGAAGAGAGUUCUACGUGUUACUGUAAGGGAACGUCCUUUUCUAUCAGAACAUCCCCUGUUUUCUUAUCCGGAUUUCUUCACCAAGGCUGAUGAAGAGUUGACGAGAAUUGUUGACCAUCAUUGGCAGAAAGAGCUUGAGAUUCGACAGAAAGAAGAUGCAGCAUGUGAGGCCCAAGAACGUAAAGACAAAGAGUUACAGGAAGAAAAACACUUCAGAGAAAUUAUGAAGAGAAGAGAAGAAAAACUCCAUAAGCAAACCAAACCCUAUGAACUUCCUCCUAGGACUGAAGUAGUUUCAUUAGAAAUAAAAUGACAAACCCCACAAUGAACUGAAGUUCAUAUGACAGAAAUUGCAUGAAAGAGACCAAGAUAGCUAGAUGUUAGCAAACAUUUCUUCUAAUUAACUGGAAGCCAUUUCUUAGGAAUUGUUAUCCUAGUGCAGACUUUUGAAUAGUUAUACCUUAGUCCUAAAUUAGCAGUUCUUACUUGCAUUUGAGUGAAGUGAUUCUACUAAACAUUUUCAAAAAAAUGGCUAGAGCUUUUCAUAAUUGACUUUUUUUCUUGUGAUCAUACAGCCUAUGUAAUCAAUGAUUCUCAGAGCAUUGGUUUUCAGUGGACAGUUAGAUGGAAACGAAUUGCAAAUUAUUAAUGAGCCACAUUAAGAAUUGUUUCUUGAAAAUAGAAUGCGCACCAAUGGAUACUCCUAUAUUAACUAUUAUACAAAUUAAAGAAGUAAGGCACCUGC